AUGCCUCCAGAGCAGCUCACUGGCUGCAUCCUUUUCCUCACAUACCUUUUUCUGUCUGGGCUGGUUGAAGCAGUUACCAGGACAUACUAUAUUGGGAUUGUGGAAGAACUCUGGGACUAUGUACCCCAAGGGAAGAAUGUUAUUACAGGAAAAAGUUUCUCAGAAGACAAGCUUGCAACUUUGUUUCUUGAAAGAGGACCCAACAGGAUUGGAAAUGUUUACAAAAAGGCUAUUUACAAACAGUACACAGAUGGAACCUAUUCCACAGAGAUCCCCAAGCCUCCUUGGCUUGGUUUCCUAGGUCCCAUUUUGAGGGCCGAAGUAGAUGAUGUGAUUGUCAUUCAUUUGAGGAACUUUGCUUCUCGACCUUAUUCCCUACAUCCACAUGGAGUUUUCUACAAAAAAGAUUCAGAAGGAGCUCUAUAUCCUGAUGGAACAUCUGGGAAAAAUAAAGAUGAUGACAUGGUUGCUCCUGGUAAAAAUUAUACCUAUGUUUGGCCAGCAAGGGAAGAAUAUGCCCCUACAUUUGCGGAUGCCAAUUGUCUGACAUGGGUUUACCAUUCUCACAUUGAUGCACCAAAGGACAUAUGCUCUGGGUUGAUAGGGCCGCUUCUGGUUUGUAAAAAAGGAAUUCUGACUAAUAAUCCAGUAAUCAGAACUGAUGUCAAUAAAGAAAUUGUAGUGAUGUUCACACUGGUUGAUGAAAAUCAAAGCUGGUACCUGGAUGAAAACAUCAGGAAUUUCUGCAGUGCUCCUGGCACAGUUGACAAGAAUGAUGCCGUUUUUCAAAGGAGCAACAAAAUGCAUGCUCUUAAUGGUUUUCUUUUUGGGAACUUCCCUGAGCCAGAGAUCUGUGUGGGAGACACUGUGUCCUGGCACUUAUUUGGAAUGGGGAAUGAGAUCGACAUCCACUCAAUCUACUUUUAUGGCAACACCUUCAUCAGCAGAGGACAUCGGACCGAUGUUGUCAACCUGUUCCCCGCCACUUUUCUUACCACAGAAAUGAGGGCUGAGAAUGCUGGGAAGUGGAUGAUCACCUGCCAAGUCAGUGACCAUCUGCAAGCGGGUAUGCUGGGACAGUAUAAUGUCAAGACAUGCACAAAUAAUAUUUAUCAACCCAAGUUGCAAGGCCGGGAAAGAAGCUACUAUAUUGCUGCAGAAAAAAUUCUUUGGGACUAUGGUCCUCAGGGUUACAAUAAGUACAGUGGCCUGCCCUUAAAUGCCACUGGCAGUGAAUCUGAGCCCUUCUUCACACAAGGGGAAACUAGGAUAGGAGGAAAAUACUGGAAAGUUCAGUAUGUGGAGUAUACUGAUGCAACUUUUACCAGAAGAAAAAGCCGAUCUGGGGCAGAAAUCCACCUUGGAAUACUUGGCCCAGUCAUCAAAGCUGAGGUGGGUGACACAAUAAUAGUGACGUUUGCCAACAAAGCAGAUAGGGUCUACAGCAUUUUGCCCCAUGGGGUACUCUACAACAAGGCAUCUGAUGCAGCACCAAACCUUGAUGGAUUUCAGAAGAUGGGGGCCCAUGUAAAACCAGGUGACAAAUUCAAAUACAGGUGGAUGGUGCCUGAAAGUGUAAGCCCAACAGCUGAUGAUCCCCCCUGUUUGACAUACAUGUACUUUUCAGCAGUGGAUGCAAUCAAAGACACUAGCUCUGGUCUAGUGGGGCCAUUGUUGGUCUGUAAAAGAAACACUCUAAAAAAUGAUGGAACACAGAAAGGAAUAGACAAAGAAUUCUACCUACUCUUCACAGUCUUUGAUGAGAAUCUCAGCCAGUACCUGGAUGAAAACAUUCGAAAGUUUACCUGGCGUCCUUUUGGUGUUGACAAAGAAGAUAAGGAGUUUGUGAAAUCCAACCGAAUGCAUGCCGUAAAUGGUUACAUGUUUGGCAAUCAGCCAGGCCUGGAUAUGUGCCAAGGGGAUAAAGUUUCCUGGCAUAUGAUCGGGAUGGGCACCGACACCGAUAUGCACGGAGUUUAUUUUCCAGGGAAUACCGUUCAUCUGAGAGGGACUCACAGGGAUACUCUGGCUUUAUUUCCACACAUGGCCACAACAGCAUUUAUGCAGCCAGACCGUGCAGGAAUUUUUAAGGUAUUUUGUUCCACAAUGGAUCAUUUUACAAGAGGUAUGAAGCAAAUGUACGAAGUCAGUGGCUGUGGCAACAUGGCAGUUUUGGAGAAGCCCUAUGGAAUGAAAAGGACCUUCUACAUUGCUGCAGAAGAGCUAGAAUGGGAUUAUGCACCAAACAAAAAUUGGGAAUCUGAGAAACAGCAUUUGGAUGCAGGAGGAGAAAGACACGGGGACAUUUUUAUGAACCGAACUGAAAACUGGAUUGGCUCUCAGUACAAGAAGGUGGUUUAUAGGGAGUAUACCAAUUCAGAAUUUGUGGAGAUCAAAGCCCGUUCCCCCAGGGAAGAACAUUUGGAAAUCCUGGGUCCUCUGAUUCGUGCAGAGGUCGGAGACACUGUCAUCAUCGUAUUUAAGAAUAAAGCCACCAGACCCUACUCCAUAUCAGCCCAUGGAGUAGAAGACAUGAAUAGUGGGGAAAAAUUUUCAGUGCCAAUCACAAUGCCAGGAGAAGUAAAAACAUAUCACUGGAAUAUCCCUAAAAGGUCAGGGCCAGGCCCCUCUGACCCAAAUUGUAUCCCUUGGGCCUACUAUUCAACAGCAAAUUUUGUCAAGGACACAUACAGUGGUUUGAUGGGUCCUUUGAUAACUUGUAGAGAAGGAGUGCUGAAUGAAAAGGGAUUAAGAAGUGAUAUUGACUAUGAAUUUGCCCUUCUGUUUUUGGUGUUUAACGAAAAUGAAUCCUGGUAUCUGGACGAAAAUAUCAAAAAGUAUCUCAAUAAAGAUCCAAGAAAUUUUAAGCACACAGAAGAUUUUAUAGAAAGCAACAGAAUGCAUGCAAUUAAUGGAAAGAUCUUUGGAAACCUCCAUGGUUUAAUAAUGAAUGAAGAUACAAUGACAAACUGGUACUUGAUAGGAAUAGGAAAUGAAGUUGACAUACAUACUGUCCAUUUCCAUGCAGAAAGUUUUCUUUUCAAGAUGGAUAAACCUUACCGUGAAGAUGUGUAUGAUCUCUUUCCUGGGACCUUUCAGACCAUUGAACUGAUUGCUGAUCAUCCAGGAACAUGGCUUUUGCAUUGUCACGUAACCGAUCAUAUCCAUGCAGGCAUGGAAACAACUUAUACUGUCUUCAGGAACUUAGACAACAGGAUUCCUUAUUCUACUAAGACCUCUUCUAAAGAAGACACGGUCCCUCCCACUGUGCCAAGUGAUGGUAGAGUCAAUAAGGAAAACAUAAAUUUCUUCGGCAAAGAUCUGGUUCCCAGAGAAGCAAAAGCAGCUUUAGUCAUCCUUUUUAUCCUUGGUCUCUUCCUUCUCGUGGGGGUUAUAGCUCUCUUCCUCAUUCUCCGAUCAGUGAGAAAUCGCAUGGCUUACCGAGCCAUUCAGACUUGUGCACUCCCCACUGAUGCUUUGUAA